CACGACAGUAGCGGCGCCGAGCGCUAUUUCGUUCCUGUUCAACUACCUACCUUUACUUCAACUACUUAUCCAGUGCUGGGAGACAGACCUCGCCCGACAUCACAGCUUUUUUGGGAGCCACGAAACUUUCCGUGCGCCGUUUCCCACAAACACCCGGCCCGCAUCUUACCUCGAAACUCGCGCCGCAUUAAACAAUACCCUCGGCCGACUCAUUAAUGCCUACCGGGCCUCCUGGUUGCCCCUCCUCCCACCAUGGACUUCGAGGACGCUAGUGGUGGUUUCGGCGACAAGAAGCCACGCCCACUGCCAGACGACCUGCCCAAGUCUCUCAACGACCGCAGUCGCCGUCCCGUCGAGUUGGUUCCAGAGACGGAGAUGUAUGAUGGAUGGCAAGGACAAUCGCAAUUCCUGACCACACCUGUCCUUGCAAAGCCCCUCAACUUUGGCGACCUGAGCCUGGACGAUCGCACCUAUGACGAGGACAUCACAGCAGGCCCCAAGAACAGCGACGCGCGCCUCAUGGAGAUGAUUGCCGCACAAGCCGCCCACCGGGUUGGGCCCGGCUUCGACGACGAAGAAACAAUACUGUCAAACGAAAAGUUGUCCGAGGAUGAGAAGAAGGACUCGCUUCAGAGAGCUCUGAACAUGGCUGCCAGCAAUGGCGACGUCGAGAGGGUCAGCAGCAUCGUGAGCGGCAAGGCAAAGGCUUACGUCGAUAUCAAUGCGCCGGACGAAGACGGAACCCCGCCACUGAUAUAUGCAAGCUGUUUUGGCCACGAGGGUGUCGUGCAAGCGCUCAUCGACGCUGGCGCGGACGUCGACAAGCAAGACCGAAAUCAGUGGAGCGCUCUUAUGUGGGCGAUGACGAAUAGGCAUAAGAGCAUCGCCAAGACUCUCCUCGACAACGGUGCUUCGGCCGAACAAAAGACGUCGUCUGGCCGGACAGCCUUCGACUUCGUCCCUCCCGACAGCGACAUGUCCUUCUACCUACACGAUAGCGGCUACAACAUUGGAAAUGCUGGUACCGACGACUUCUACAACCCUGGCUUUUCACAGGAUCGGUUCGAGGAAGAAAUGGCCGAGAAUGAAUUGCGGAGACGGAUGAUGAUGGACAGCGCCCGAGAUCUUGAGGUUGACUUGGGCAAUGUCGGCAUGGACGACCAGCCAGAGAACUCCGAGGAGCUCGAGGAAGAGCAACCAGAGUUCGAAUGGUCUCGCUGUCUUCACGACCAGAUGUUUGUUUUCCAGGAACACGAGCUCGACCGCAUUCUCGACAUUAUCAUUACGAAUAUGACGCCCCAGCGAUCACCGGCACAAAAGCCUGUACCGGCGAACAUGAUUUUCUUAAGCGCACGAUAUGCACACUACCACUCCAGCCCCGACCUCCUAGCCAAGCUCAUGAUUUCGGCCAUGGACAAGAUCAACGACGUAGUCGAACAGUAUCAGUGGGACAUGACGAUACUGGCCUUCUGGAUAUCAAAUGCCACUUUGUUGCUUCACUACCUGAAGAAAGACGCCGGGCUCGUGGAGGCCACGGUCGAGUUCCAGGCUCAGCUGUCCGAGCUCAUCAACGAGAUAUUCAUCCUCAUCGUGCGGGACGCCGAGAGGCGCUUAGACAAGGUGCUUGACGCAGCGAUGCUAGACCACGAAACCAUCCCAGGCUUCGAAGACAUUGCGUUCCAGAACGAGUGGAGGAUCUUCAAACGAAAAGCACAAGUCAAGGAAGAGCCCAUGGAGAAGCGCUUCCGACCCCCUUCCCCAAAGCAACGGGCGAAGCCUGCUCCGCGCAACGUCACUUCACUACUCUCAUCCACCUUGUUUGUUCUUGAUCUUUAUGAUAUCCACUCAGUUAUUACGGCGCAAAUCAUCUCUCAACUUCUCUACUGGCUGGGGGCAGAGCUCUUCAACCGCAUCAUGUCCAACCGAAAGUACUUGGCUCGGACGAAAGCGAUGCAAAUCCGCAUGAACGUGUCGACACUGGAGGACUGGGCUAGGACCAAUAACCGCCAACCAGAACACUACGAAGGAGGCGAGACAAAGUCCUCGGGCGAGACGACCAUAGACGCUGCGAGGCGGCACAUGGCCCCCGUCAUUCAGCUGCUUCAAUGGCUACAGUGCUUCUCUUCACUAGGCGCCGACGACCUCGAGGCCUUGGUCGGCACCCUGCAGCAGUUGAAGAGGUUGAGCCCGCAGCAGCUCAUACAUGCGGCUUCUCAUUACAGGCCGGAGGUUGGCGAAAAGGGGUUGCCUAAGAGCGCUCUCAAGUAUCUCAACGCAAUCCAGGCAGAGCAUGUUCGGAGGAAGGAGGAUCGCAAGAGCAGCGCACCGUCAACACCGAUCAAGACGAAGCCCGCAAACGGCGGCAUAGGGGGAACGCCUGGAAGCCAGACGGCGGCAAAGACGCCAGGAGCUGACGAGAGUGACGAAGAAGAGGACGACGCGCCGGAGAACCUGCUCAUGGACCCGGCCAUGAUGCUACCCUUCAUUCUGCCAUCAGUCACGGAUAUGCUAGUCUCCUACGGCGCUGGUUUCGGCGGUGUCAACAAAGAGAGGGCACGCAAAUAUAUCCCUACGGUACCGCCCGAGUUCCUGUCGAAGCUCGAAGCUAGCGGCGCGCGGAAGGGCCCGAUGUUUAGUGAGAAGGACUGGGAGAACGAAGAGGUCUGAAGAGAGAGAGAGAGAGAGAGAGA